UCUGUAGACCUAUUUGUGAUUUAAAAUUUGUUAUCAAAUUAAAGUUUUGUACAAUAGGUAGGUACCUACCUAAUUUAAAUGUGUAUCUCAUUUAAAUAUUAAAUACAGAUUAGUUUAUGCAAAUGUGAUAUAGCGUGGUUCGAUUACAUAAGGAUAAUUAAUGAAAAUCUGAUUGAAAGUUGAAACAGCACACAAAAUAUUUUUCUAAUGGAGAUACGUCCUUUGUCAGAUGCUCUUCGUAAGAGAGCGAGAGAAGAGAUUAAUGAGAAUCCAGAAACACUAGUUUCGAAUUUCAAUGAACUGAGAGAGUGGCUAAACGAACACCCCCAACUAAAAUCAGAAAUAAUCUCUGACCAAUGGUUGGUCGCUUUCCUUCGCGGCAGCAAACAUAAUUUGGAAAAAUGCAAAUCAAAAAUAGAAAGGUACUACACUUUGAGCACUGCUGCACCAGAACUUUAUGCAAACAGAGAUCCUUUGGAUCCGCAAAUACAGGAAUUGUUAAAAUUAGGUUUGUUUCUGCCGCUGAAGAAAUGCGCAAGUGAAGAUUCACCUCGAAUAGUGUUAGUGCGAAUGGGUGAGCUAAAUAAAGUGCACGGAAGGUUGUCUGAUAUUUGUAAAAUCGGAUUUAUGAUAGCUGAGAUACUGUUACUCGAAGAUGAUAAUUUUACUAUAUGUGGCGAGGAACUUGUCUCCGACCUAAAGGAUACGGGCUUCGGUUUGAUAAGACAAUGGACACCCGCAUACGCCAGAAAGCUAUUUAUGUGUUUUGAAAAUGCGCUAACUAUCCGUAUGACCAGAAUUAACGUGCUAAACGCUCCUAUUGGAAUGAAAACAGCAGUCGCAAUUUUCAAAUUAUUUUUAAAGGAAAAAUUGAAGAAAAGGAUAUACGUAUACAACGAGGACUAUGAAGAGAUGUUUAAAUACAUACCGAAAUCAUUGCUGCCGAAAGAAUACGGAGGCACUGAAGGCACCUUACAAGAUUUGACAGAUCAUUGGAAGAACAAAGUGGAAAGUUACCGGUCUUGGUAUUUGCGAGAGAAUCUAAAAGAUUGAUGAGAUAGAACAUACAAAGCCAUCUUCAGAAAACCUAUCGUUUGAAAUCUUUCCUGAAUACUUAUUGAAAUUUUGUGGUGAUAAAUAAAGUGAAGAAAUAACAAUUUUUAUUCAUUUAGUUUUCUAACAUUCCAUUUUGGUACGAAUAAGAUAUUAUAUAUAAACGUAAAUUACCUAACUAUAAAUUUAUGGAAGGCGCUUUUUAGUUCUGGGCUCUAAAGUCUUCAUCUACAUUCCUGGCCUAGUAUCCUUUCAUGUUUCUUUGUUUUCACGGCAUUGUGUCUUUUUUGCUGACUUGUUCCUCUUCAUCGGUGGGUUGUCUUGCACCCUUACAUUACUUGGGGGAAGGGGAAGGGUGAACAACUCAUUUCUGACCUUUUUUUUCCCUACCUAUGCUGAUAGCCUUGAGAGGCUAUUUCAGCU